AUGGAACCGUUGAGAGUGCGACCACCCCGCUGCUUUCUCUUGGUCCUGCUCGCCAUUGCUCUGUGUCAGGGCUAUACGCUGAGGGGUCCGGUGUCCUGGGUCAUCUCCCCCGGUGAUGUCGUCGAAGACGCUGACAUGUCCGAGGAGGAAGAGGUCGCUCCGGCAUUGCUGGCGGACAGUGCGGGGCUCUGGAAACAGGCGUACCCGUCAACCGAGGUCCUGGGAGACGGCUCGGAGACUCCCGCAGACUUGGUAAAACGCAAGGACGAAAAUAUGGCGCAGUUUUCCUCUCGUUUGUUUUCAUACAAAAUGGAGAAAGGGAAGAAGAAGCCCACCAGCAGCGGUGGCAGCAGGAACAGUCCGCCCCCGCACCAGGAGACCGCCAGGACUGCCAGAUACAUAGCUCAUUACAGUGACUGGGGAUUCCUGUCCACCAUCUCCACUCAAGACGAGAUUAAAGGCCUUCCCUUUGGAAACAUUUUCUCAGUCAGUGAUGGACCAGCAGAAAACAGCACUGGAGUGAUCUACUUCUAUGUGACGCCGAUGGACAACACUGUGUCUGACCUGAGAAGCAACCCAUUCGUGUCCUUAACCUUUUCAGAGGCAGAGGCUGACUUUUGCAGACAAAUGGUAUAUGAUCCAGAGGAUCCCAGAUGUGCUCGCCUCACACUGACGGGCAGGAUGGUGGAGGUGGCACCCGAGGAGCUUGCGUUCGCUAAGGAUGCAAUGUUCUCCAGACAUCCUGUAAUGGCAAAGUGGCCACUGGGACACAAGUGGUUUUUUAUGAAGCUGGAGUUGAUUCAGGUCUGGCUACAGAACUGGUUUGGAGGGACAUCACUCAUUUCUGUCGAAGACUACUUUAAAGCUACCCCAUUCUGAGAGCACUGCUAACUCUGCAAUAUGCUGACCUACAAAGGCAAAUAAGCUCAGCAGACUUCAAUGCACACGGCACUCCCACUGACAUUUCAUCAAUAUGUCAAGAAUGAAUAGUAUUAAAUAUUUUCUGUUCAGUAUUUUUAUUUUAUCCUUCAAACUUGAAUGUUCUCCACACCAUACCUCUCAUUUCAGCCUAGCUGUUCUUUACUGAAUGAAUGUCACAGCCUGUAAGUUUUUUAGUCAUAUAUUUUUUAACACUGAUUUUGGUUUUUAAUGAGUUUGCAUCAAACCGUUUGUCUGGUUUGUAAAAUAAAUAAAUGAAUGUAAGCAA